AUAUAUAUCUGCUGCUGCAGCGGCGGCGGCGGCGGGGAAGGUGCGCGGCCGGCCACUGCGCCUGCCAACGAGAUGGCCGGUGCUGCGCGCGCGUCUCCCCUGCUCGUGCUCGUCCUGGCGCUGGUCGCCGCGCGCGUAUCUCUGCCCGCGCGCGCCCAGGACACGGUCGCCGCCGGCCGGCCGCUCUCCGGCGACGCCAAGCUCGUCUCCCGCGGCGGCAAGUUCGCGCUCGGCUUCUUCCAGCCAGACGGAGGAGCCUCCGGCAGCUGGUACGUCGGCAUCUGGUACAACAACAUCGCCGAGCGGACGCCGGUGUGGGUGGCCAACCGCGAGAGGCCCGUGUCCGACCCGGCAGCCUCGCGGCUGGCCAUCGCGGCCGACGGCAACCUCGCCCUGCUCGACCCGUCCGGCUCGCCCGUCUGGUCCACCAACGCCACCGCCGGCAACUCCACCGCCACGGCCGCCGUCCUCAUCGACACGGGCAACCUCGUGCUCGCGCCGGCGGCGAACGCCUCGGACGUGCUGUGGCAGAGUUUCGACCACAUCGGCGACACGUGGCUGCCCGGCGGGAAGCUGAGGCGGGACAAGGCCACCGGGGUCAUCCAGGGGAUGACCUCGUGGCGGGCGCGCGGGGACCCCGCGCCGGGCCCCUACACGCUCCAGCUCGACCCGGCCGGCGCGCCGCAGUACGUGCUGCGGUGGAACGGCACGCGCGACUACUGGCUCACCGGCGACUGGAACGGCCGCUUCUUCGCCGGCGCGCCGGAGGUCGCCGCGACGGGCGGCGCGGCCGGGUACGCCUUCCGGUUCGUGGACAACGACCGGGAGAGCUACUUCACCUACGACUUCGCCGACAACUCCACCGUGUACCGCUUCGUUACGGACGUGUCCGGGCAGGUCAAGGGGUGGUACUGGGUGCCGGCCCUGCAGAGCUGGAACCUGGUGUACGCCGAGCCCAAGGCGCGGUGCGCGGUGCCGCGCGCCUGCGGCGCCUUCGGCGUCUGCAGCGACGCCGACGCCGCCACGGCCUGCGGCUGCGCCAGGGGGUUCGCGCCGCGGGACGCCGCGAGCUGGAGCCUCGGUGACCACACCGGCGGCUGCGUGCGGAACGCCGAGCUGCGUUGCGGCGGCAACGGCAGCGCCGCCGCUGCUGGCUCCGAGACGAAGGCGGAUAGGUUCUUCCGCAUGGACGGCAUGAGGCUCCCCGACGGCGGCCGCGUCGCGGCGGCGGCGAGGAGCUCCGGCGAAUGCGAGACGGCGUGCCUCGGCGACUGCACGUGCUCUGCCUACGCGUACAACGGAAGCUGCGUCCUGUGGAGCAGCGAGCUGCAGAACCUGGCGGACGGGUACGGCAGCCAGCCCGGCGCGGGGAGCCUCUACCUGAGGCUGGCCGCGUCGGAGUUCCCCAGGGCGAAGAGCCACAGGCGGAGGACCGUGGCGAUCGCCGUCAGCGCGCUCGCCGCCGCCUGCUUCGUGCUCGCCGCGUCCAUCCUCAUCGUCCGGGCAACAAUGGCGCGGCGAAGGAAGAAAGUCCAAGGCCUCACCAGCGCGGAGGGAAGCGUGACCAGUUUCACGUACAGGGACCUCCAGUCCCUGACCAACAACUUCUCCGACAAGCUCGGCGGCGGCGCCUUCGGCUCCGUGUUCCGCGGUCAGCUCCCCGACGGCGCCGCCAUCGCCGUGAAGAAGCUGGAGGGGCUCCGGCAAGGCGAGAAGCAGUUCCGCGCGGAGGUGAGCACGCUGGGCACCAUCCAGCACAUCAACCUGAUCCGCCUGCUCGGCUUCUGCUCGGAGGGCGGCGACCGGAAGCUGCUCGUCUACGAGCUCAUGCCCAACGGCUCGCUGGACCGGCACCUGUUCGGCGAAGCCACGCCCUACACGCUCAGCUGGCGCGCGCGGCACCACAUCGCCGUCGGCGUCGCCAAGGGGCUCGCCUACCUCCACGACAAGUGCCGGGACUGCAUCAUCCACUGCGACGUCAAGCCGGAGAACAUCCUCCUGGGCGCGGACCUGGCGCCCAAGGUGGCGGACUUCGGGCUCGCCAAGCUCGUCGGCAGGGACUUCAGCCGGGUGCUGACCACCAUGCGCGGCACCAUCGGGUACCUCGCGCCGGAGUGGAUCGGCGGCGAGGCGAUCACCGCCAAGGCCGACGUGUUCAGCUACGGCAUGAUGCUGUUCGAGAUCGUGUCCGGGAGGAGGAAUGUCGAGCACGGGAGGUCUGAGCCGCCGGACUCCUCCUCGUCCAGAGGCGCGGGCGGCGGCCAUGCCACGACGGCGACGGCGACGGCGACGGCGACGGCGACGUUCUUCCCCGUGCUGGCCGCGAGGAGGCUGGCGGAGGCGGAGGGGGACGUGAUGGCGCUGCUGGACCCGGAGCUGGGAGGGGACGCGGACGUCGAGGAGGUGAGGAGGGUGUGCAAGGUUGCGUGCUGGUGCAUCCAGCACGGCGUCGACGCGCGGCCGACGAUGGCGGAGGUGGUGCAGGCGCUGGAGGGGCUCACUGACUUCGAGAUGCCGCCGGUGCCGAGAUACCUUGAAGUGCUUGCCGGGCGGACGGCCGAUGGACAUGCACCCGACACGAUAGACCGCAGUUCGCGAGUAUUUGAUUCAUCAAAGUAAUAUUGGGUGAUUUUUUUCUUUUUUUUGUGGGGUUGCAGUAGGUUAAACUACAAAUAGAAUUGAAACAGACACGAAAUGAGAGAGUAUCAUGUAAAGUGAUCAAAAUACAAUAGCUUCGGAUGUCAUACAUAAGUCGAUGCUACUUGGCAAGAGCAAUUGAAUGUUA